ACAUCUCCUGUCAACAUGUCCUACAACUGCUGCUCUGGAAACUUCUCCUCCCGCUCCUUUGGCGGCUACCUGCGCUACCCAGCCUCCUCCUGUGGCUUUUCCUAUCCCAGCAACCUGGUCUCCAGUACUGACCUCUGCUCUCCCAGCACCUGCCAGCUGGGUUCCUCUCUCUACAGGGGCUGUCAGGAGACCUGCUGGGAGCCCACCAGCUGCGAGACGUCCUUUGUGGAGUCCAGCCCCUGCCAGACCUCCUGCUACCGCCCCAGAACCUCCUUGCUCUGCAGUCCCUGCCAGACUAGUUACUCUGGGUCUCUAGGCUUUGGAUCCAGCAGCUGCCGCUCCCUGGGCUAUGGAUCGAGGAGGUGCUACUCAGUGGGCUGUGGGUCCAGUGGCUUCAGAUCCCUGGGUUAUGGAGGCUGUGGCUUCCCUUCCCUGGGCUAUGGCUCUGGAUUCUGCCGCCCAACCUACUUGGCUUCUAGGAGCUGCCAGUCUUCUUGCUACAGACCAACUUGUGCAUCAGGCUUCUAUUAUUGA